GUGUGCCAGUCUGUUACCGUCAAAUGCAUGAAAACAAAAACACGAACGCAAUCCACAAAGCGCACGGGAAGCACGGGAAGUUGGACCUCUUUUCAACCUACAGCUCGGAUUCCGCUCUUGGUCAGCAUUUACCAGCAUGUAUACACUGCUCAGUGGAUUUUACAAGUACCUUACACAAAAGGACGAAUACUGCAUACUAAUUCUCGGCCUAGACAAUGCUGGCAAGACGACCUAUCUGGAGGCGGCGAAGACAAAGUUUUGCAAAAACUACAGAGGAAUGAAUCCGAGUAAAAUUACGACUACCGUCGGGCUAAACAUUGGCCAGAUCGAUAUAGCUGGUAUACGGAUGAGCUUCUGGGAUUUGGGUGGCCAGCAGGAGCUGCAAUCGCUGUGGGACAAAUAUUACUCCGAAUCACAUGCCGUCAUCUACGUGGUCGACUCGAACGAUCGCGUCCGGAUGAACGAAUCGAAGGAAGUGUUCGAUCGGAUGAUCAGCAACGAAUAUUUGUCCGGGAUUCCUUUGCUAGUGCUGGCAAACAAACAGGAUUUACCCGACUGUAUGGGUGUGCGGGAAAUCAAACCCGUCUUCCAGGAGGCUGGCCAUCUGAUUGGGCGACGCGAUUGUCUGGUGAUGCCCGUGUCGGCGCUAACGGGGGAAGGUGUCGAUGAAGGUAUCAAGUGGCUGGUCGAGUCCAUCAAGCGUAACUCAAUCGUUCGACCUCCGAAGACGGAAGACACUUGAUCGUAACAUGGAAUGGCCGGUUUGCUUUGAUUUGCUGUUGCGUAAUUAUAUUUGUGAUAUAUGUGCAUGAUGAUUAAAAGAGAAGUGUAUACAUCAAAUCAUGAUCAGACAAUCCAUA